GCAGCAAUCAUUCACGAUGGCACCAGGCUUAACAUGCGAAGCACUGAGGCCCGGUUGCCUCCCUGGUUUCUAUAAAAGAAUCGACGUCCCUCCAGCUUCGAGGAACUGAGCAAGCAGUCUCGUGUCUGAAUUGGCUUGCGACAAAUUUUGUCGUUUACCUGACCCUCGAAACAUUUGUUAUAGCAUCCGCUACUUUUCCUCUGAUACCUCAGCAACCCCAAUACCACGAUGCUCUUCUGCAGCAAUUCUGUGUCUUUCAACUCCGAAACGGACAUUCCACCCCUCACAGACAAAGUCAUCCUUGUGACAGGAGGCAACGUCGGUCUGGGCAAGCAAGCCGUCCUCGAAUAUGCGCGCCACCACCCACGCCUCAUCUGGCUCGCAGCCCGCAGCGUGCCAAAAGCCAACGCCGCAGUUGCCGAGAUUAAAGAGCAAGUCCCCGACGCAGCGAUCCGGGUCAUCGAGUUGGAUCUUACCUCGUUCGUCUCCAUCAAACGCGCCGCAGCCACCGUCCUCGCCAGCUCUCCACGUCUCGACAUCCUGAUGCUCAACGCCGGUAUCAUGGCAGCUCCGCCGGGCCUCACAGCCGACGGCUACGAACUGCAGUUCGGCACCAACCACAUGGGCCACGCCCUCCUCACCAAACUCCUGCUCCCGCUCCUCACCCAGACCGCCUCGGCCGCCUCCACCGACGUCCGGAUCGUCUCCCUGUCCUCCCACGGCCACAUCUCGGCCGCCAAGCCCGGAAUCGACUUUGCCUCGCUCAAGACCCGCGCCGAGGCCAUGGGCGCGCUCGGCCGCUACUUCCAGAGCAAGCUGGCCAACGUGCUCUGGGCGCGGCAGCUGGCGAGAGAGUGCCCGCAGCUGACCGUCGCCGCGGUGCACCCGGGCGUGGUGCAGACGCAGCUGAUGGAGCGGGCGACAGGGGCGCCGUGGAUCAUUAGGGCGCUAACAAGAGCUGGCAUGGGCUUGCUGGCUACGCUGGAGGAGGGCGUGCGCAACCAGCUUUGGGCUUCGGUUGCGCCCGGCGUGGAGAGUGGGGAGUACUAUGAGCCGGUUGGGGUCAAGGGAAAGGCGAGUGUGUAUGGGGUGGAUGAUGGGCUGGCGAGGAGGCUGUGGGAGUGGACGGAGCGUGAGCUG